GCCUUGUAGUGGAUGUUUUAAAAAUUUCCGGUAUUUCCAUAAGCUCGGGUGUAUUGUCAGCGGGGGACCCUCUCUCUCCAUCUUCGUUCUUUUCAUAUUCACUUAACCCUAAUUUUUCUCACGGCAUUGUCCUCGGUCGACCUUAGCCAUACCCCGCACACACUGCCUCAGCUUCCAACGGCCAGCCACACUUGCUCCAGUUCAAGGCGACCUCCGACGAGGAGCACGACGCCACUCCACGGUAAGGUGAUUUCUUCUGUGUGUGUGUGUUCAGUUUAACCGUAAACUUGUUGAUACUUUCGAGGCAGCCAAGUUCCAGCGCACGUCGACUCAUUGCCCAGCAAGCAGCGGCAGCAAUCUCCGCUGCACCACGGAAGGAGGUCUCACACUCAAUCACAGCAAAAAAGCAUUUGUCUGCUGACUCCUAGGGUUUUUGAAAGAACACACAUUCUCUCUGUCAAUUGGUAAACAUGAGGAAGCUAAAGUUUCAUGAAAAGAAGCUGCUGAAGAAGGUUGAUUUCUUGGACUGGAAAAAAGAACAUGGUCACCGGGAAGCCUUUGUUAUGCAACGCUACCAUGUCACCCAGCGUGACGAUUACAAGAAGUAUGCAAGUUUGUGCCGGGUGGUGCAGAAGUUAGUGAACAUUUUGACUAAGAUGGACCAGAAAGACCCUUUUCGGAUUGAGAUGACUAGUAUGCUGCUCGAAAAGCUGUACAACAUUGGUGUACUACCAUCCAAGCACAACACUGAUGCUCUAAAAGUAUGUGAACGCAUAACAGCAUCAUCCUUCUGUAGACGUAGGCUCUCAACCGUUUUAGUGCGGCUGAAGUUUUGUGAGCACUUGAAAGAAGCUGUCACAUAUAUUGAGCAGGGACACAUACGAAUAGGUCCAGACACAGUUACUGACCCUGCAUUUCUUGUAACGAGGAAUCUAGAAGACUUCAUUACGUGGGUUGAUUCAUCCAAGAUAAAGAGAAAGGUGUUGGAGUACAAUGAUCAGUUGGACGACUAUGACGCAAUGAUAUGAUCCACUCUUAUGAGGAAUGUAGCACUUGAUAUUGUUAUUUCUGUGUUCUUCCUUUCGCAUUUUUCGAACUCUGUUGCGAAUUGAUUAUAGCAGUUUGUGAUCAUUUUAUUAGAUUCAUGAAAUGAAAAUGCGAUCUGAUUGUUUAAGGUCGUUUAAUAUUUGCAAA